AUGAACGCUUUUGCCCGCGAGCUCCGAAGCGCGGUGAGCAAGGCCGGCUCGUACCCUGUGUCAGCCCUUGGUGACGUGCUCAACAAGUCACCUGAAGCGCUCUCCGAGUGGGAGCAGCUCCGUUCCAACCUCCGUCCUCCUCCCAAGCUCAAGAAGUAUGUGCUCUCCCAGGUCGCCCGCUGGGGACUCACUCUCUCCUCGGACGGGAAGCUCCUGACCCUGUCUGCGCCACGGACGCCUACUCCGGGCUCUCCUCCGGGAUCGCAAGCGACAUCCAUGGCCAGUGCCGGCGGUGGACACCACGCCGGCUCGGGCACCAGUGCGGCGCAGGGCGGAGCCAAGAUCCGACCUGGCCAAGGCAGUGGAAGCGGGGCGGGCUCUGCGCCGGGUGGCGUGGCUCUCUCGGGUACCACUGUCGCAGACUGGGUCUGUACCGCCCUCGGCCUCGCCCCGCCGGCCGUCGUCCCGCUCCACCUCUCGCCGCUGGUGGGCCACUUCCGGCUCUUUGCCUGUACCCAGUGCCUCUCGCAGUCGUCGCGGCUCAUUCCGCGCGACGCCAACAGCCCGAUGGACACGCUGUGCGGUUCUUGUGGCGCGCCGGGCUCGGAGACCAUGAUGUUUGCUGCCCGCGCCGCGCCCAACACCCCGCCGUCUAUGCUCCGCUGGCGCCGAGUCACCCGCCGCCCGUCGGUUGCGAGCGCCGCGCCCGACCGGUUUAUCUUCUGCGCUGCCGCUGGGAGCCAAGGCCACGAUCCCGGCGCCGUCUCCGAGCCGAUGGGAGCGCUGAGCGGGUGCUCCUGCCCUCACUCGGCCGCCGAGGCCGCCGAGUGGAACUGGGACCGGCCGACCGCCGUCGAGCUCCGCGACGCGUGGUACAUUGUCAACGCCGGCUCAUCGUCGGUUCCGGUCUGCGCCUACUGCCUCACCCACCACGGCCUCGCCAUUGUCCUGCCCGAGGACUACGCGCCGGAUCUCCUUGUCUGCCCGCGGUCGCGGAGCGUGGCGCCGUCGGGUGCCACCAUCGACCCGCACCCGUGGCAGCCGGUCAAGGGCCCGCCGCGGCACGACCCGCCACCGUCGCUCUACCCGCAGGCGGUCGGCUCGGCGCCUGCCGGCGAGGCGGCGCUUCUGCUGGGCCUGCCUGCGGCUGCGCGCGCUCCGCCGGCGCACGCUGCGACCCGCAUUGCGCCGUCGGACAUCAAUGCCUUUCUCAAGUGGCUCCAUCGGCAGCCGGUCGACCCGGCGACCUCGCUCAUCGGGCUCGACUCGGACUCGUACCGUACCCUCCUCCACAACGUGCUCCUCUGUGACGAGCUCGCGCUCCAUGACCCGCGCCCAGUCACCGCCGAGUACGACCCGGCGUCGCCGCUCGGCCUCACGUUGUGGGACGUUUCGGCCGAGGACGUCUCCCGCUGCCAUUCGGCGCUCUCGGCGCCGAGCGCUUCGCCGAGCCUCUCCAUCUGGUGGCCCAACUCGUCGUCGGCCGAGCCCGACCUCACCGGCACCAUCCUCUCGGCCGACCUCACCGGCCGGACGGUCGUCCUCCGGCUCUCCCGCCCGCCGGCACGGCUCCCGCUCCCGCCGGUUGUCCUCGCCAAGUUUCCGCUCUCGGUCGUGGACACCCUCCGCUACACCCUCAUGCACCACGCGGUCGCCAACGUCGCUCUCGACGUUGUUUUCCCGCUCAUGCCCAUGCCCGAGAACGAGCCGGACUCGCCCGUGGCAGUUGUCGACGAGUGCCUCACCCCCGUCCAGCGCCAGGUCAUUGCCCACGUCCUCCAGCCCGACCCCAUCCCCACCCUCCUUGAGGGCCCGUUUGGCGCCGGUAAGACGCGGACCAUCAAGGAGACACUCCACCACUUGCUCAAGAACCCGGCGUCGCGCAUUCUCAUCUGCACCCACACCAACUCAGCGGCCGACAUCUACGCUGGCGCCUUUGCCGACUCUCAGUGGCCAGCCUCAAUGGUCUACCGCCUCAUGGGCUCGAUGCGUAACCCGGGCUCGGUCCCAGCCAACAUCCGCGGCUACACCUCGCCCUCGCCUACCGGCUCGGGCUACACCCGCGACGGCAAGCUCACCCCGCACUACGUCACUCACCCGGCCGACAAGCUCGCCUCGUUCAAGGUCGUCGUCUCCACCACCGUUACCGCUGGUAACCUUGCCCUUCUCGGCAUCCAGCCGGGCUUCUUUACCCACAUUAUCAUCGACGAAGCCGCCCAGGCCGCCGAGGCCGAGCUCCUCAUCCCGCUCCUCCUCGCCGCACCCGGUGCCACCCAGCUCGUUCUCGUCUCGGACCACAUGCAGAUGGACGCGCGGACAAACGUUGCGCUCUCGCUCCGCUUCGGCUUCUCGCCGCGGCUGGUCAACCUCACCGCGUGCUCGCUCCCGCGCCGCCUCUCCAUGUCGGCCUCGCUCUCGGUCCACCGCAUCCACUUUUUCCAGGUCUUCCGCUCGCACCCGCACAUUGUCAACGCCCUCGCGCCCAUCUACGGCGGCCAGAUUUGCGCUGCGCCCGGCUCCGCCGCCGCCCUUGCUCUCCCGGACAUGCUCAUCGACGAGGCCUGGCCGCGCCUUUCUUUGUCCCGGCCACGCCCGACGAGGCCGUAG